CUGCCCUGCCGAUCUCUUCCUGGGAAAGAACUAAGACUGAACCUUUGCCAUGUCCCUGGGGUGCUGUGUGUUUGAAUCUGUUUGUCAAUAUUUAAAGGGCUGUAGGACUUGCUGACCGUGGACAGGGAAUUGCUUCUGCCUGCUUGCUCUUGAGGCUGCUUUUGUUACGACUGCUCCAGGCUUGACUGUCUGAAUCCUGCAGAAAUAUUGGAACGAGGCUAUAUGGAGCAGAGUGACACCGUUUUCAAGCUAUUUGUUGUGACUGUGCCUGGAGAACUUGAUCUGCACAUCACUGUCAGCCUCUUGCCCCAUUUUUAAGAACUGAUCCCUCUGGACAAUGAUGCAACUUCAGCAACAGUUUCUUCUUUCAGGAGCACAAGCGGCCCAUGUUACAUCGAGGCCGCACUUCUCCAUCAUCAGCUGACUACUUCAACUGGUGUGUACACUCCUGUUUUAAGGAUUGAGUGUUUUCUACGUGUAUGUUGCUUUACUGCUCUCCUCUUUCUUGGAGGGGGUCUCCUCAAACUUGCCCAUCAGUGGAAGGCAACUAAGUGGGCUGCCGUGCUGAAUUGUGGCACCCCAAUAAGAUGAAGGGAGUGUGUGUCCUUGUUUGGAAGAUCUGAACAGGAACAAACCACAGCAAACACUAAUAUAUAUGAAAUUGGCCAGGAGGCCUUUGAGGGACUUGGGGGGGAAUUCUUUUUCUUUUCUUUUCUCUUCUUUUUGUUUCUUUGGAAAAAGCACUAUGUUUAAAUGUCUGUUCCAUUUAACUUUUGGUGAUAAUUGUGAUGCCUUGGAAACCCGGCUGUAACAAGUUGGCUGGUUGUGGGUGAUUUUGCUUUGUUAGUGUUACAUAGAUGAUCACCCAAGAAAGAGGAGGUGCAGGAUAGAGGGGAAAUGAUGCUACAAGGUUUUCAGGGAAUGUAGCCCAUAUGUUAGGGUUGUGGCUGAUUGCUUCUAUUUGGUGUCAUAAGCUGUUUAGGGGUGCUCCUUUUUUUUUUUAGUGUUGCACAACGGCUAAGGGUCAAUAAAUAAUUUGUACAGAUCUUGUUGGGUGUAUGUCUACAUGCACAUGCUAGGUAGAGACUGGGUGGAGCAGGAAAGCCUUGCUUAUUUGCUAGUUGUCAAAGAACAGGCACCCCCAAACUUCGGCCCUCCAGAUGUUUUGGACUACAAUUCCCAUCAUCCCUGACCACUGGUCCUGUUAGCUAGGGAUCAUGGGAGUUGUAGGCCCAAAUAUCUGGAGGGCCUCAGUUUGGGGAUGCCUGUCAUAGAAGAUGGAAAUUCCCCCUAUACAUUCCUGUUUGUUGGGGUGAGCUUACUCUCUGCUCAUCCAUGUGAGCAAAUGUAGCUUGAUCUAUUCUUAGCUGAUAACAGGAUCCCUCCCCCUCCAACUCAGAGGAUGCUCAACCUCUGAAGACUUUUCCAAAUUAAGACUAAGAGGCCUUGCUGUUGCCAAAGACUUCAAAGCACCUACUACAAAGGAGCCACUGCCUUUGGCUUUAUGAUGCCUCACAAAUUAAAAGCCUGAUAACAGCUCGUGGGCAUAUUUGUGAUACUACAACAACACAACUACUAAGCAUGACACCCCCCUCACUCCAAGAAGACUUCACAUGCCUUUUUAAAGCAACAUCCCACCUCAAGUAUUGUAAACUUGCACUAAAUGUUAAUAAAUUCCCCUUAAAAUAUGUUCAGGUGAUUGCCUUCCUAAUUCCUUUGCACACCGAACUGUUCAGGUUGAAUUUAUUUUAACUGCUGAGACGAAUGAAAUAAAAGGUUCUCCUUUGAGCUUAAAGCAAUUUAGUUGCCUACUAAGACACGGCAAACGUAUGUUCAGACAUCUGUCAGUAGACUAUCCUCAGUGGGGUCUGAGAGUUUUGUGGAUGACGUGCCACGGUGCAGACUGAGUGGUUUGAAAGCUAACAGUACAAAGUUGUAGGUAGCUGUUCUUUAUAGAGCAAAGGAUAGAUCGGUCUGGUGAGUUUCUGCUUUGAAAACUAAAUUCCAUUGCUGAAGCCCUACGAAGUAGGGACACUACAGAGAUAGUUCUUGCUAACUUUCAGGUUUAAGUGCUGGUGUUAGCGUAGCAUGGUGUCUAUCCUAUCCUAGUUCUUUAAGAGCCAAUGGCCUAUCUUUGGGUCUCUCAUUCAUCUAGCACCUUCAUGUGUUUCCAGCUGACUCCUACUCACCUUUUAUGGGUGACUAUUUCUGGUUGUGGUAUAAAUACUCGUACUUGAAAAGAGAUACUGAUGGAGUGAAUGUGCUGCACAUUAGGAUUGGAUCUGCCUCACAGCCUCACUGGAAGUGGUGUGCCCUUUGAGGGAUGGUGAAAUUAUAAUUUACUGGAAGGAUUCUGACUCAGAAGUGGGGUUGUUGGUAGAGAAGGCUCCAAUAUGCUCCUUGAAACAUGAGUUUUCAGCCAGCCAGCCUGCUGCAGCUCUUCAUCAUUCACCAAGAUGGAAUUCACCUAUAUGGAAAAUGCUUCAGGCUGCCCCCUUCUGCCCCCUGGAUCUUCUGAAGGGCUCUGACAUCCUGCGUCCAGAAGGCUAACAUGCUGCCAGAGAAAGACCCUAAAAGGCAUGGGGAGAAGGACCCCCAAGAAGAUCCAUCAGUCACCCUCUUCCGGGAAUAUCUGAGAAUCAAGACUGUCCAGCCAGAGCCUGAUUAUGACACAGCAGUGAAAUUCCUGGAGAGAAUAGGCUCUGAACUUGGCCUACAGUGUCAGAAAGUGGAGGUCUGCCCUGGCCGUGUGAUCACCAUCCUGACCUGGAAAGGCACAAACCCACAUCUCCGCUCCAUACUGCUGAAUUCCCAUACAGAUGUUGUGCCGGUGUUUGAGGAAUAUUGGCGCUAUGAUCCAUUUUCAGCCUUCAAGGAUUCUGAAGGAAACAUCUAUGCACGUGGAGCCCAAGAUAUGAAAUGUGUUUCUAUCCAGUACAUAGAGGCUAUCCGGAAACUGAAAGCCGAAGGAAGACAGUUCCCACGUACUGUUCAUAUGAGUUUUGUCCCAGAUGAAGAGAUCGGGGGCCACAAGGGGAUGGAAAUGUUUGUGAAGCGUCCUGAGUUUGCAACCCUUAACGUUGGCUUUGCCUUGGAUGAAGGCCUGGCAAACCCAACAGACACUUUCACUGUAUUCUAUGGCGAAAAAUGUCCGUGGUGGAUUAAAGUGAAGGUAGAAGGGAACCCAGGACAUGGAUCCAGAUUCAUUGAGAACACAGCUGCUGAAAAGAUGCACAGAGUGAUUACUUCCUUCCUGGAGUUUAGAGAGCGUGAGAAACAAAGGUUGAAAUCAGAGAAGCACCUUACCUUGGGUGACGUCACUUCCCUCAACCUGACCAUGCUCAAUGGGGGCAUCUCCUUCAAUGUGGUCCCUUCUGAGAUGUCUGCUGCCUUUGACAUCCGCAUCCCUCCCACAGUAGAUUUAAAGGCAUUUGAGGAGCAGCUCACAGCCUGGUGCCGGGCAGCUGGGGAAGGUGUUAGCUAUGAGUUCCACCAGAAAUACACGGAUCAGUCGGUGACCUCCACAGAGGAAUCUGACCCCUGGUGGAAGGCGUUCAGUGGCACCUGCAGGGACAUGAACUUGAAGCUGCAAUGCGAGAUCUUCCCUGCUGCCACAGACAGCCGCUAUAUCAGAGCGGCAGGACACCCGGCUAUCGGCUUCUCCCCAAUGAACCGCACCCCUGUGCUGUUGCAUGACCACAACGAGUUCCUGAAUGAGCAGGUCUUCCUUCGCGGGAUUGAGAUCUACGCCCACCUCAUCGCUGCACUGGCCAGUGUCCUUCCCCUGCAAGCAGAGGCCUGAAUAGGGGCAGGCAGAGCAGAAGGCAGCAGUCCAAGGGAGAGAGAAACCAAAGAAAGAGAAAGGGAGAGAGAGAAGCUGAAAACCUGCAUUGCUUCCUAUUUUGAGACGGGACCCUGCUAGAGGGGACAUAGGCCUUAGAUGUUUUGAUUGAGGGCUAGGGCUUGCUGAGAUCACACCCAAAGCAGACUGUUGCAUUCCAGCAUCCCUGAGUGGUACACAAGGGGGGCAAAGCAUGUUGGAAGCAGAAACGUACACUUCCACCAGUACAUAUAAAGUGGGGCUCUGUAGGUGUCGGCAACUGUUUCUCUGCUCCUUACCAAAGCACUUACAGUCAAGACCCUUGUUUGCACAGUUCCUGCAUCAGGUCCCAGAGCUCCAGCUCUUUAUCACCACCAGCUACCCAUGUUAAGUUUUAAAGGAUAAUCCUCAAGCACCAGGUUUGUAGGACUGAGGUUCUCACCGCUGAGGUUUCUUGGGUUUUGUGGCAGAGCGUUAUUGCCUUAUCACUGGCUCCUUUUGCCGCUUCUCCCGUUAACACCAAUGCUGCACUCUUCUGCCACGUGAUUCCCUUCUCCACAUACCAAACCCAAGGCCAAAGCAACUGGAAAAGCAGGGUAAAUUCUAAGCUGCAGGAUUAAUCGAGCUCCCCCUGGUUCCCUCUUCCCUUUUGCGGGUUGAUGCUAUUGACACCUAGCUGGUUUUCUCCGCUGCAAGGCAUGCCUAGUUCUCAAAGAUCCAGCAAUCUCAAAUUUUCAGUGGGAGUCCAGGCAUCAUGGAAAAGCCUUGAUUCUACCUCCAUUAUAUCCUGUAUGGCGUUGGGCAAAUCACACACUCUCCCUGUGCCCCUCACUUGUAGAGGGGCAUGGAAUGUUGCCACGCGUUUUGAGAUCAUCCUAUAGAACUUGAUUAAGUUGAAGGAAAAGGCAGGUUUGCUGAGGGAGAUAGUCAUUAAUAUUGCCUUACUGGGAACCUGCCUUCCCCACACACCAAAGUAGGAUUGGCAUGGGGAUGGAUGCCAUCCCUCUGGAUUUUCACUCUUUGGGACUUAGCAGCAGAGGUGCUGGCUGCAGCAUGGUGCCUUAACUUUCUGUUGAACUGUAACGAGUUACUGCUGACACUUGCCAUGCCCAUGCAGGUAAGAGUUGGGUGAACAAGAUUCAGCCAUAAAGGACAGCCAUCUCCUCCCCGCCCCAGAAUGCUCCAAGGGAACAACAUUACUUUAUGAUGCUUUUAGCAAAACUUGCCCUUGCUUGGAAAGAUCGUUUUUCACAUUAUGCCACAAUAUAAUUCCUUAUCCUCAGGUUUACAUGACAUUUGAUAACAUCAUCUGGAAUUGCCAGCAAAUUCCCUAGAAACUAUACUCACAAUCGCUAACGUUGUAGAUCAACAUGUACUUAAGUAAUGAGGAAUACCUGCCCCUUCAUCUCCCUGUUAUCCGCAUGUGACUUGAGCAAUAGAUUGGAUAAAAGCAUGAUGCUUUAAUUUGACACAUGUCCUUGCUAGUACGGUAUCAGUAAAAUAUCAUCCACUGAAGUAUAUAAUGGGGAAGAAAAUGGGUUUCACUUUAAGUCUCGUUUCCCAAAAUGCCCCGAUGCCAGAGUAGGCCUAUAAACCAGGAUACUUUUAAAAAGCCUAAAGAAAAACAAAAAUGCAAGAUGCUUGUUUUACAACUCAAUCCUAAGCAUGUUUGGCAAUAACUCCCACUGUUUUCAGUGAGGCUUACUCUUUGGUAAGUGUUCACAAGAUUGCUGCCUUGGACAAAGAGUUACCUUUAUGAAUGGCAAUAUGAGAAGUUAGUGAAUACAUAAAGUAAAUAUCCUGAUACGAUCCUCCUCUUGGCAAGUGGGAACUGUAUGUACAUCUGCACCAGUAAACCUAUGUUUACCUAUGUUUAUAGAGCUGCCUUGAUGUUCAUCCCCAUAAUAUCACCCCUUUAUGGAGGUAUAUAUUGCCCCUCCUCUCAAAUAAGUUUAGUGGGGGGGGGAGGAGAAACAGCAAGUGGUUGUUUGAAUCCCAAAGGGGUGUUGCCUCUGGGAUUCAAGGUGCCACGUCCCAUCCCAAGUAAAUUUAUUUGACAGUUUUAAGUGCUGCUGCUUUGUGGAGCAAAAAACCCUAAUAGUGGCACAGACUGCAUAGCCCGCAAUGUCUGCAUUGCACAGGAGGAGGAGCCCUGCCACUCUUGCACUGUUGUUUUUGCUCUCAUUUGAGAAAGGUUCACCCCCCACCCCCCGAGCCAUCCUGGGAAAAGUGCAGGGAGCGUGUAGCUCCCUGCAUUGCACAAGCUGCUUCCUCUGGUGGGGAAAGGGAGGCGCUGCUUGCAAGGUGGAGCAUCCCUGUUCUCCUCCCUCUUAGCUUAUUAAGUAAGGUAUAUGGAACCUGGCAAUACAGCAUAUGUAGUAUGUCACAUUGAAUAAUGCUUACCUUGAAAGUGCGCAAUCAACCAGUAAGUUCUCCUCUGCAAGUGCCAUUAAACUUCCUGAUGGUUUGUGCUGAUUGUGUCUACAUCUCCCUAUCGCCUUGUAAGCACACCUUUUCACAGGUAGAAGCCCUAAAUGUGCAUUGCUUCCACCAUAAGGUCAUAGCUGCCAAGUUUUCCCUUUUCUCGCGAGGAAGCCUAUUCAGCAUAAGGGAAAAUCCCUUAAAAUAAGGGAUAACUUGGCAGCUAUGCAUAAGGUGCAUAUCUCAGCAUAUAUAUAUUUUAUUCACAUUGAGAAGAUUAAGUACUGCAGGCCAACAAAAAAAUGUAAAUGUGUGUAAGGCAUGAAUAUGGAGAUAAUUAACAUGAUCAUUGAAUCCUGAGAGUUGUUCUACAUUCCCCUGUGGAUUAUGUAUAAGGGCUUGUUUGUUGGGGUUUUGAGAGUUUAACACUUGGCCCUCUGUAGUCUUAAAUUAUCUAAUCUGCUUGCUGGCUAAACGAAAAUAAUAACAAGCUUGUUCCGAUUUAGAAACGUUAGAAAACUUCAAAUUUGCUUACAGUAUUCCAUGUCAAAAGGCCAGAAAUAUACAGACACGAUUUUAAAACAAAAAUAGGACGAAGGUAUUAAAAUAUAUUCAGAUUUCAAAAACUCAAAAUGUGUUCAGUUUUGUUGAGGUGAUAAAAUGUUCCUUGAGGAUGUGGGACCAUAACUUCUUUGUUUUCCACCAGAUGGCACCCUACACCUGACUUAUCUUCUGGAAAAGGCUGAUUCCCACUUUACAAGGCACUAUCUGCAUUGUAGUGUUUGCUGCAGUUUGCUGCAGAAAGGGGCAGUGCAAAUCCUUAAGUACUUGGCUGCUGGCUGCUGCUGUUUUAUCCAUUUCUUUUUGGUUUCAGGAAUCACGUUGGCAAACAUGCUCAAAGAGGAGAGUUUUUAGAGUACGUCACAAGUUUCAAAGCACAGAUAGCAUUUAUCCAGCAAUUUUGAAUGAAUAUGAAAUGACUGAACUGAUUAGUAUUGUGCUUACUAAUUAAGGAGGAGAUUGGGGAAGAAAAGGAUAUACCCACUGCAGUUAUAAAGCAAAUAUGUAAAGGGUGUGGGGGAAGGCCAGAGGAUGAUCUGCUAUGCUUCCCACUUUUCCCCUGAGAAGCCCAUGCAGGGAGGCAUAUGCCCGCUGGACUAGAGGAUUGAUUUGGUUAUUCCUGUGUUAGUAAAAGAAACAAGCAGAAAACCCUAACAUUGUGUCCUUGAAUGGACAUCAGUGGCCCACAAAUGGAUGCACAGGGGGAGAUGAAAUAGCUUUCAUUUGAAAUGUUCACAUUGUGAGAGUCAUGACAUAAAAGUAUGCUGAAUUGGUAACAAAAAUUCGUUUAAAAAGAAGAAGAAGCUGCCAGUGGCUGGUUUCAGUGUGAAAUGCACACAGCAGAGUAUGCCCUGUACUCUGCCACAUCUGUAUUAUGAACCUGGAAAGGGAUGUGAAGGCAAAAGCAUUAAGCACCGGUCCCUCUAAAGCAAAAUGGAAAGAACUUCAGCAAAGAUGUCGUAAGACACUGAAAGAAGCAGGCAGUGAUCGUUUCAAGUCUGUCACUUUGGUAGCAGUGGGGAGAAACCCCUGAUAUGAUUAUACCAGGGGGUGGAAUACUUCUAGCUAUACACAUACAAUAUUCUUGAGAUCUAAACUAGUUGAAAACACUUGGAGGAAGGGGGAAAGAUCCUGGAAUAACUGUGGUCAACUUGUGGGAAACAUCCACUCAAUUUGCUGCAGCUGUCAAAAAAGCAAAACCAAAUGUUGGAGACCACUAGGGAGAGCUUGGUGGAGAACCACAGUACUCUUGUGUUGUUGCUCUGCGCGCUGUUACGGUUCCUCUGAUCAGCGCAUCUGGUACUGGCUAAAGAAACAACUGUGCCUUGGGGAGAUGGCUGGUCUGACUCUGUAAUGGUGUUCUUGUAUAUGCAUUUGAAUCUGCUUCUCAAUACACUGUACAGGUAGACAGGGCAUGCUCAGAACCCAAUAAUAUCUGGUGGGGGUGUUGUUCAAAGAAUAUGAAACACAGGUGUGAUCAAAGCCUCCUGGAAUAGAUACAGCCCAGUCACAUCUGGGACUUGACCUGGAUCAAGUUGGGCCCCAAAGCUUGUAUGUCACGCUGGACAUUUUCUCCCGCCAGAUAAAUCAAGCCAGGUGUGGAGUGGCAUAAUUCUGACUUGCACUUCUUACGCCACAGUGCAAACAUCCACAUGGUGCAAUGAGAUGCUUGGGAAAGGGCAUCACAUGGGAACAGCAUGGUUUCCCUCUUCGGAGGGAUAGUUGUUUCCACAACAGCCUGUUGAGGUUGCGUGCAAAUAUUUGCAGAAGCCCCCUUACUCUGCCGCCCUGCUGUCUCCUCUCCACUCAAAACACAACAGCAAGCGGAAUAACUUAAAGGCAGCCGUCAAAAUUGAAAUCAGAUGAAAUGCAAAAAUAUUAUGCUUUGGGUCUGAACUUUCCCUCUCCUCACAAAUGAGAUCCACGUCUCGCAAGGCAGGGGCUCUCUCUUGGGGGCCCCAAACCUGCUCAACCUGAUAGAAAAUGAUGAGUGAGCAAUUGCGAUGACAGGUACAAUGGGGUGAGAUGGAUUAGCAGUGGGGCAGGUCUCAAUAGUUCAGCUCAAUUUCUUGAAGUCAAGAUUGUCAUGCAUCUUAACCCCUUAAGGAGAUGGCACAGGGUCUAUCUCCAGUCUGUUUCUUCCUAUGCCAAAGAUGCAGUUGGCCAAUAACUAAUCCCAUUGCCUGAUUAUUGCUGGGUCUUAUGAGGAAAAAUGAGAGCUCUCCAGGGGGAAUUCGCCAGAACUCAAUUCAGACACCUCUCAGGUGGGUGCCAUUGCCAUUCUAAGAGGAGGAGGAGUUCAUGGUGAGUUCCGGCACCUCUUUCCCCAGAAAAAUAGCACUGGAGAUGAGGAUUCUGGAUUAGUCCCGUCCAGAAAAAUAGCACUGGAGAUGAGGAUUCUGAAUUAGUCCUGUCUCAAAAGAAGCCUAACCUAGCUGAAAAGUUUAGUGUUUCAGCUUCCUUUUUUCACCUUGGCAAACCUGUUAUGGAAUAUUAAUAUAGAAGAAUGCUAUAGUUUGAAGUUGAGCCAGUGGUGCAAUUCUCAGGGCCAAAAGCAACCAUUAAUUUGAUUAAUAGAUUUAUAUUUCGUGACAUAGUGGUAUCCAGUGAAUAGGGGGGUUUAUUGCAUUACAAAGCAUCUAUUAACAUUUCUUAAUCCAGGCAAUGUGCUGAAGUUGGUUUCACAAAAAGAAAUUAUUUAUCCAUAUUACCGACAAAGGAAAUUAUUUUCAUUCAAUAGUUUAAAAAUGGCACCUCUGUUCGGAGUAACUGGGAACUGGAUAAAAAAAAGGAUACAACCAUAUUUACUAAGGAAUAAGCUGCACCAACACCUUGGGACUGACUUCUGUGCAAACAAGCAUAGCAUCAUAUUGCAUAUGUUAAGUUAAAAGCAAGUCAGUUUACCAACUUAAAACACCACCAUUUUCUCAGAUUAAAGAUGUUCAUUUGUAUUUGUUACAUAUAUUAGUUUCAGGCAUGGCAGGAGGAGGGUACCAGAUUUACGUAUGGAAGCAUGCAUGGGAGUGGGGACUGAAUUCAGCUCAGUCUCUACAGCCCACUUUUGACAUGUGGGUGAGGCUGCCUACGAGGCUGCAUACGAGGUCAGGUGAUACUUCCUCUGCAACCCUGGUUUGAAUCCAAGCUGUGUCUGCAAAGAUUCCUGCUGAAAGUGGGGCUUGCCUUUAUUGAUUGAUUUAGCACCAAAUACAAGCUCUGCUUUCAAGAGGGAUUGACUCCACUUGGGGACUUCGCUUGGGAGCCUCCAGCUGGAGCUGAUCCCAGUGGGAUUUGCAGUUGGAGUUGGAUUUAAGCAGCACCAAAUGAAACCUCGUUGCCAAAGGAACAAUUGAUGCAGCUGUGCAGUCCCAGUGGUUCGUUGGCAGAUACUGCUUUACCUCUCCUGAACCUGAUUAGUCAGAUCAUGUCUGGUAAGUGACAGGUGGGUGUGGCCAGCUGAAAAUAGCUGCAUGGCAUGCAUAGAGUGGGGGGUGGGACUUGCAAGCUUCCAUGGUAAUCUACUUAACCUGUUCCUUCCCACCUAUCCUGCUUCUCAACUAGUUGUUGGCUCUUCUCCAAGCAUGACUGGCUAGCUGACUCCCAAGGAGCCCAGAGAAACACACAAAUGUGUCUGUUUUUCAAGGGAGCAGGGCAGUAUUCAAGCCCUGUGGGCUGGGAGCAAACAUUAUCCCAUUUGCCCUGAAAUUAGUGAGGUUUUUUUAGCCAUGAAAAGCAAGAGAAGUUUUUGAAAAUACAACAUUAACUACAAUGCCUCUAGCUUCUCCUGUUUCAUUUGAUGACCAACACUGUAAUAAUAAACAACUUUUUGAAUUGCAUCAAGUACAUUCAUUCCAUGUAAUUUAUGGUGAUUGCAUGGAUGCUAAGGAAGUCAGGCCCUUACACCUUUAAUAGUUUU